AGACUAUACAAAAAAGAAAAAUGUUCCUCUCCCUCAAAACGGAUAAUUUUCUACUCCCCCACUUUACUAGCAAAAGAAUGUCACCAGAUGCUUGCACAUUCAUAUAUACUAUGUUAAUAACAACAAUAAAGAUUUUUUUUUUUUUUUUUGGGGGGGGGACAGUACGUCAUUUGCAUAAUGCUUAUGAUUCUCUCGGGAAAACACAUUUUGAACAAAUAAUCUCCGCCUGAGCGGAGUUACGGCCGCUCACGGGUUUGUCGCUCACUUUGUGACAUUGGACAACAAAAAGCUUGUUCUACUGGCGCCCACUCAAAGCCUUAAUCCGGUUAUAUAAAAUGUGCUCGCAAUCCGCGCCGCACCACGACAAAGAAGUUCUGGGCGGUCACGCCAUGAUCAUCCUCGUGGACCUGCUGCUGAUGCUCAUCGACCUGACCUACGCCAUCCUGGCCGCCGUCGUGCAGACCUUCCUGCGGCCGAGGCUGAAGAGCAUCGACGGGGAGCUGUGUCUGAUCACCGGGGCCGGGGGCGCCCUGGGCCGCCUCUUCGCCCUGGAGUUCGCCAAGGAGGGCGCCCGCCUGGUCCUGUGGGACUGCAACGCGGCCGCCAACGAGCGCACCGCCCAGCUGGCCCGGGAGCUCGGCGUCAAGGUGCACGCCUACACCGUGGACCUGUCCCGCCGGGAGAGCAUCUACAAAGCCGCGGACCGGGUGAGGACGGAGGUCGGGGACGUGUCCAUGCUGGUGAACAACGCUGGGGUGGUGGCCGGCAGGAGGCUGCUGGAGUGCCCCGAUGAGCUGCUCGAGCGCACCCUGCUCGUCAACUGCCACGCUUUAUUCUGGAUGACCAAGGCCUUCCUGCCUCAGAUGAAAGUGAAGAACCACGGUCACAUUGUAACUGUUGCCAGCGCCCUCGGGCUAUUCAGCACCGCAUGUGUGGAGGAUUACUGUGCCAGUAAAUUUGGAGCAGUUGGUUUCCACGAAUCACUGACCCAUGAGUUGCUAGCAGAGGACUUUGAUGGAAUUAAAACAACUCUAGUUUGCCCUUACAUAGUGGAGACGGGGAUGUUCGCAGGAUGUGAGAUAAGGAAGGAGCUGCGCAGUUUAAUCCCACCAUUGGAGCCUCUGUACACCGUUCAGCAGUCCAUGACAGCCAUUUUAGCAGAACAGCAAAUGAUCUGCAUCCCUCGGCUUAUGUACAUCCCAUUUUUGACCAGAGCUUUACUACCAUGGGAUGCAAAUGUAGCCACGUAUCGCUUCAUGGGAGGAGACAAAUGUAUGCUGCCCUUCAUCAAGAAUGUUGAACAGAGGACAUCUAAUGGCCAUAUAAAAGCAUCCUGAGACGACCUUCAUUUUCUACAGUAAUAUAAAGUGGAUUUCUUUUUUUGCUGAAAUUGAAUGUAUGAUUACAUCUACAGUGAAAACUAUUUUUACAUGAAACCUCAGAACCCAAUAGCAAUAAAAUGAGUGAUCAUUUGGUCUCCAUUAUUGCAGUUAAAUAAAUGCAGUUCAGAUAUUUCUCACCUUUAA